AUGCGCCGCGGUUGGGCACCACGUGCUCCGAAGGCGCCCGCUGUACAGAAGCUCGCUGAAGCAGCAGAGGCAGGACACGUGGAGGAGGCGCGGCGCAUUUUCGACUCCAUCGGCGGCUACAGCCACCGAAAGCCGUUUCUCUGGAACCUGGUGCUCAAAGCUUAUGUCAAGGCUGCCGACCCAGCUGGCGCGGAGGAUUGGCUGCGGCAGCUUUCCGCUGUUAUCCGGCCAACGGGCCGGAGUUUCGGGAAGAUGAUCGCCGCUGCCGCCACGCUCGGACACAUCCAUCAGGCGGAGUUUUUCCUCCGAGCCGAAGAGCAGGCGCAUCUAACACCCGAUGCAGCCUCCUAUGGUGCUGUGCUCGACGCCUGCGAGAAAGCGGGUGACCCAGGUCGCACUGCCGCUUGGGCAGGACGUCUCGCGAGGGUAUCCUUGGCGCCGGAUGUGG